CAUGUUUUCGCUUUCUUUCAGUGUUUUGGUUCUGUGUUUGGCCAUAGAUAGCAUCUCUGGCCAUGGACGGCUCAUGGACCCUCCGAACCGUAGUUCCCUAUGGCGAACCAACCCCAAUGCGCCCCCAAAUUAUAACGACGAUCAAAAUAACUGUGGAGGAAAAGGGGUUCAGUGGGAUCAGCUUGGUGGCCUGUGCGGCAUUUGUGGCGACAAAUACGACGAUCCUCAUCCCCAAGCUAACGAAAACACUGGUACAUAUGGAAGGGGUAUCAUUUCCAAAGAAUACACUGCUGGUAGUAUAAUUGAUAUCAAUGUGGAGUUUACUGCCAACCAUAUGGGAUAUUUUAACUUCAGUUUGUGCGUGCUGGAUGAUCCAAAUGCCCCAGAAUCUGGUGAAGGUUGCUUCCAGCCUUUGACUCUGGGAGAUGGAUCACCGAAGUAUGUUUUGCCUAACACGGAAGAAAUUCACGACCUUCAGGAAGUUUACACUACGGUGAAGCUGCCUGAUGGUUUCACAUGUGAAAGAUGUGUUUUACGAUGGACUUACACUGCAGGUAACAGCUGGGGUCAGUGUGAUGAUGGAACUUCAGCUAUAGGAUGUGGCGCACAAGAAACAUUCCGUUCGUGUUCUGAUAUUGUCAUCAGUUAAUAUGCUUUACUUCAGACGAAUUUUAUUGCUA